AUGAAGGUGCACAGUGACCCGGACCUGGAAGAGCGUAUCCAGGAGCUGAGAACCAUCACCCGGCUCCAGGAGCAAUGCCGGGCACUCCAGAUCCAGGGCGUGAAGGAGAAGACGGCGCAGAAUAAGGCGACGCUGAGCCUGCUGCGGAGCAGCAUCCGCCGCGGGGCCCAGGACUGGGCUCUGGCCAAGAAGUACGACCAAAGCGUCAUCUCCAAGGCCUGCGGGAAGGAUGUGUCCAGCAGGCUGGCGCUCAGCCGCAACAGCAUGGAGGUGGCGCGCGAGAAGCUGCGCAAGUACGUGUUCGACCGCGUGAACACGCACAACGUGCUCAUCCACCUGGUGCGGCGGCGUGGACAGCAGCUGGAGUGCCUGCAGCUGGAGCUGGAGCGCCUGCGCAGUCAGCCCGACGCCACCAAGGAGGAGCUGCGGCUGCUGCAGGUCAUCCGCCAGCUGGAGAACAACAUCGAGAAGACGUUGGUCAAGAUCACCACGAGCCAGAACAUGCGCCUGCUGUACGUGGACCUGCUGGACUACCUGAAGUCGGUGCUGGCAGGGUACCCCAUGGAGCUGGACAAGCUGCAGAACGUGGUGGUCCACUACUGCUCAGAGCUGUCAGACAUGACAGUCAUGUCCCAGGACGCCAUGAUGAUCACGGACGAGGUGAAGAGGACCAUGAGGCAGGGGGAAGCCUCCUUCAUCGAGGAGCGUAGGGCUCGCGAGAACCGGCUCAGCCAGCAGAAGAAGCUCAUUGACAAGGUCCACACCAAGGAAACCAGCGAGAAGCUUCGCCGGGGCCAGAGGGACCUGGACUUCCCACCCAACAUGAUGGCCAUGGAGACCCAGAAAGUGAGGAGGAAGGAGGCCUCCAUUGUGGACAUUGAGUACCAGUCGGAGGUGAUGGCGCUGGUGGAAAGGGUCAAGUCGGCUGUGCAGUGCUCACACCUCUGGGACAUCGCCGGCCGCUUCCUGUCCCAGAGCAACACGGAGGAGAACCUGCAGCUCCAGAUGGCCGACUGUGAGGGGCGGCGGCGGCAGCUGGAGGCCUUGAUGAUGAAGCUGGAGCUGGAGGAGGCCCUGCUCAAGUUCCACCAGGCGCCUGGCUCUGACAGCUUCAGGUCCAUUGAGAAGCGGCUGAAGGCCACUCUGCAGGCGGAGCAGGAGCGCCUGCAGCUGGCUCACAGCGGCAUGACCAGGAGCCAGCAGCUGCUGCUGUCCCUGCAGACGGGCAUCGACAACCUGUACCUCCGCCUCACGGGCAUCCCCGUGCCCGCUGCCCAGGAAGCAGCAGCACCUCCUGACACCCUGGACUUGAAUGCCAAGCUGGCAUACUGCGAGAAGAAGCUGUUGCAUCUGAUUCAGCUGGUGGACCAAGUGCAGGCACUGCCCAGGACGGAGGAGGUGGACACGCAGGUGAGGGAGGCACUGGAGACGGCCACCUUCAAGGAGAAGCGCAACAGAAGGAUCAGCUUUGAGGACACUGAGGAAGACAUGAUAGACACGUUCCAGUUCGCCGACGUGGACCACAGCUACGUGCCGUCGCGGGCCGACAUCAAGAAGCAGGCGCAGGGGCUGAUCGAAGGGAAGCUCAAGGCGGCCAAGAAGAAGAAGAAGUAG